CUUCGUAGAUGAAGGCGAACAACUAGAUUCCUCAGCUCGAUCAACUAAUCUCCUCCACUAUAAACCACGUCUUGCUCCUUUGAAGAUUUCUACAUCUGAAACAAGGCAAGCUCCAGAUCCUGAACAUGCUUCCAUAAAGCCUUUUGACUACCCUGAAGACGUUAUGGAGAAUCCAAGAAUUGACCUGUAUGCUUCUGAAAUCUUUGGCAUGGAGGAAGAUGUGACAGCAUUGUCAGAGUCAACCAGCCAGCCACCUGGGAUUGCCCGCCUCAAACAGGCUGAAGGAGAUUUAAAGAUCAAAAGGACUGAAAGACCAAAAAAACAGCCAAUACAGAAAGCUGGAGAUGGGUUGAAAAAACAAAAAAAGAGUUUGAAGAAAGAGAAACACCAAAGUCAGACAGAGUUUGUUGUAGGGAAGCCCAGAGAGAGAAAAAAUAUUAGGAAAACAAUUGCUCACUCCAAGGGAAAACCCACAGUUGUCAAACGAACAUCCAGUGUGGAAGAACGAACCCACGAGAGAGAUUCAGGGCAAGAAGACAUUGAAGCAGAAACUAUUAGAUGCCUUGUAGAGGAACAAGGAGAAGAAGGAGGAGGAGGUGACCAAAGUCUUCCUGAUUCUAGCAUUUUUAUGGAGGAGCAUCCCUUGACACUUGAUAUGAACCAAACAUUUGGUGAAGAGGUUGCCGAUACUUCUGGGUUUCAUCCAGGACCUGCUAGUGAAACGUCCAUUGCUACCUACAAAGCAGUCUCCACUGGAAAUGGUUCCCAGGCUGAUGCAGAGCAGGGAAAUCAGCUAAUGGAGGAUUUGUCUCUGCACAAAGAAGAGCUGAAACUAUCCCGGGACAGGUUAAUAGCAGAGAGGGCAGAAAAGCGACGGCUGGCAGUGGAGACAAAGCGAAAAGAACAGGAAGAGCGGAAAAGAAAAGAACAGGAAGAGCAGGAGCGUAUGGAGAAAAUGAGAGAAGAAAUGGAACAGGAGAAGCAAAGGAGGAUUGAGGAGUUUCGUUUAAGAAAACAGCAGCUUGAAGCAGAGCGGCAGCAGCAGGAAGAAGAGGCAGAAAGGGAACGACAAGCUGAGAAGGCGGCCCAAGACCAGGCUCGGUGGCUACAGGAGGAACAGCGCCGGAAGUUUUUGGAGAUACAGAGGAAGAAGCAGGCACAGGAACUGGAACGGGCAGAAGCAGAAAAACGCAGACAAAAAGAAAUAGAGAUGCAGCUGGAGGAAGAACGGCGACUGCUAGCAGAGAUGGCCGAGGAGCAAAGGUUGGAAUAUGAGAAGAGGAAAAAGGAGGAAGAAGAGAAAAUGAGGCUUGAGGCUGAGGAGAGAAGGAGAAGAGCUGAGGAAGAGGCUAGAGUUGCUUUGGAAGAAGCAAGAAAACAAGCGUUAUUACUCGCAAGACACAUGGCAGAACUGGAGAAGGAGCAACAAUUUCAGUAUCAAGUACUUGUAGAAGCCUGUGGACUGGGUCGAAGACAGGAGAUUUCGCGUCCGUGGGUUUAUUCCUACUUCCAGAAUCCUUUUUUUACAACAGAUGAUGAUUAAAUUCCUAAAAUCCAUGGUCAAAUAUCUUUUUGGGUAGUGUGAUAAAAUCAAGCUUACAUUCUGAGAAGUUUUCCAACAGACUUAAGAAGUAAAACGUAGAACGACUAAAAAUUCUUUUCUCCAAAUUUUGUCUGACACAUCUAGACGAUGUUCUAAGUAAUUUUUAGCCCAUACUGGGAUGUGUGUGGAUAUAUGUAAAUAUAAUCUAUUUGCUGUUAUUGCAAACAUGCUGAGUUUCCUUUAAUACUGACACAACCACAAUCAAGCUAGUUUGAUGAGUGGUAGUAAAUGCCAUCUGUGGGUCCUACUUUUGAUUGGUUCCUAUGCUCUAAACUUGCUAAAUUAUUUUUUCUCUAUUUCUUUUUUAGGCUAUAAGUAGGCUUUUUCCUUUGAAAAAUCCUAAAGCAUACAAGACUGUCUUUUAGGUUAUGAAUCUCGAGAUUAAAUUUAAAAUAUGAACUAUAUUUUUAUUUGUAAAAUAGAAAUGUAGACGUUCCUGAUGAGUAACAUGUUUGAAAUAGCUAGGUAAUCUCUAGAAAUAGGGGCCUUGGGAUUUCUAUUUAAGAGACAAUCACACUCUCAUUUCUGCAGUGUUUUGUGUUUUCACUGUGAAUGAAUUUUUAUGGUCCUAGAAAUUGGUCUGGUGUAACGUACUGCUCCGGUGUAAGGAAUUCUCAGCUGCACAUGUUCUUCUAAAGCAAGUUCGGCUGGCUCCAAAAUUUUCUUUCAGACUAAUUAUGCUAUUACUUUUAUUUUAAAAAAUGAAAUCUGAUUUUAAGUGUUUAAUCUUUAGUAACUAUGGGUUUUAUUAUAGAUAUUUAAAACUUUUCUCUUGCAAACUGCUGCCUGCCCUCUAGGGGGAACAGCAAUGUUAAGGGGCAAAUAAUCAUGUUACAAGGAUCAUGUUACAAAUCUUCCCCACUUUCAUUCAAAUAUUUAAUGCUAAAGAUAUGGAUAACACUUAAGCCCAGAUUUUGAUUUUUGAAAACAAGUUUUAAUUUUUAAAAAAAGUUUGGCAUGCGUACAAAAAAGGCAUCAGAAGUGGGACAUGGAAACUACAAGCAUUGGAGAAGAUCCAUUUAACACUUUACAGUUAAGUGCCUGAAAAUUAAAUACAAUUAAAUGGCUUGUUAAAGAAUGCUUAAGAACAUUGCAGUCCUAAUUUCUGACCUUUCCCAUUCCCCUGGCAACAAAAAUAAACCCCGAGGUAGAACAGCGUUUCUACUCCUGCCAAUCAAUAUUGCAAACCUGAGCUAAAAAAAAUUUCUAGCAUUGACAGGUUUUCUAUGACAGUUCUGCAAUUGGCUAAAAGAGAUAUGAAGAUAGAAUGUUUUGAAUUAAGACAAUCACUUAGGGGGAAAAAACGGUUUUGUUGAUCAGGCCUCAUUCCAGAACACUAUUUCACAUAAUUUCCAAACACGGAUAAUUUAUUUCCAGAAAAUUAACUUAUUUUCAGAGGUACUUACACUCUAAGAUUGCCAAUGGGAGCUGUCUGAAAAAUAAACUAGUUUACUUCUUUGUACAAACAGGAUUUAAUGCCAGGUUUUCAAUCCUAAACCUAUUGAAGUCUUGAAUUCUAAAAAGUGAGGAUAUUGAUUUUGGAUCAGUGUUUUUUUCAGUGUUUCUAACCUUUAUCACACUAAUAGUGCAUGCAUAUGGGAUGCACGUAACUCCUCAAAGUAUCUAAGUUUUAAAAGACCCAAUACAGAUUACAAGGUAGUAUUAACGUAUUAACACUAAUUAAUGUUAUUUGGUAUUAAUUAAGAAAUCAAUAGGUUAGGUUAUUCAUAUCUGAGUCCCAAUAUUUUCUGUGAUUCUUUGAAACUGAAGAAUUGGUACACCCCUGUUUUUUAAACACCAACCAAUGAAGGUGUUUGGAUAGCAUUUUUAUUUUUUCCAUAUUUAUUCUUCAUUACUUUACCAUUAAUUUUCAGAGUUCCGGAUCUACAAAUUACAAAAUACAACUCCCAGUGAAAGAUAAAUUCUUGAUUUCUACUUAUAUACUGCGAGCAAGCAGCAGGGAAAGUGCUAAUUCUCAAAGGCGAAUCAAUUUUUUUUCCUGUGUAACAUCCUCCAGCAUUGAUUUAAAAAAAUGAUCUUCUUUAAAUAUUCACUAGUUUUUCAAAUAAUCUUCCAAAUAUAUAUCUUAAAAGAAAAUGCAGAGGUUUAUGAAUUUGUUUCCUCUUAUUUAUUUAAUGGGAAGCCAAUACAAUCUAUGUCCAUUGAAAAACCACAUUCCAGGCAAACAGGUACAACAUAAAAAUCAUAACUCUUGCUGCAUGAAGGUGUACAUUAAUUAGAACUUUCCUAGGAUCUUCUGUUGACAAAACCCCAAACAAUUUCCAUAUUCAGUGAAGCCAUUUCAAAGAGAAUGUUACCAUAAAGAAACCACAUUUUUGCCACCAGUAUUUGGAUACUUCCCAAUAAAAUCUGCAGAGAACUCUUCUUAAUAUUAGGGCACAAUCCUUCCGUUUAUAUUUCAAAAAAGUUUCCAUAUCUUCUUCUCUUAAAAUCCACAAAUAAAAAUUCACACACCUAAAUUUCAGGCUAAC